CUUCGGUGAGAUGGCGCCACCCAGCCCGGGCCCAUCGCUCAGCCUCCCUCCGCCCUACCACUCCCUCCCCCGCCUUCUCCACCCGCGCCACCGCCUCCCGCUCCGCCGCCUCCUCGCGGCGCACGCGCUCGCCGCCGUCGCGGGCCACCUCUCGCUCCCGGACCCACGCCCCCACACCCUCAUCCUCGCCGCCUACUCCCGCCUCGCGCGCGCCUCGCCCUCCGCUCUCCUCCUCCUCUUCCGCUCCUCCCUCCGCCUCUCCGUCGCCCCCACCCGCCACACCCUCCCGCUCGCCGUCUCCGCGGCCUCCUCCGCGGGCCGCCGCCACCUCCCGCUCGCGCUCUCCCUCCACGCCGUCGCGGUCUCCCGCAACCUCCUGACGUCCCCGCACGUCGCCAACGCGCUCGUCUCGCUGUACGCCAGGCACGUGCUCCCGGACGCCGCGCGCAGGGUGUUCGAGGAAAUGCCCUCUGCCCCGGAUGUCGUCUCCUACAACGCGCUGGUGCACGCGUACGUGAGCGCCGGGCGGGUGCGCAUCGCGCGGGAGCUGUUCGAGGCCAUGUCUGUGCGGGACGCCGUGUCCUGGGGCACGGUCAUCACCGGGUGCGCCAAGGCUGGUUGGCUGGAGGAGGCAGUGGGUCUGUUUGACAGGAUGAGGGAAGAGAACUUCAGGCCCGACGAUGUCACACUGGCUGUGGUGCUCUCGUGCUGUGCGCAGCUGGGGGCGCUGGACAAGGGGCGGGAGGUGCAUGAGUAUGUCAGGCAGACCAGGCCCCGCCCCAACGUGUUCUUGUGCACGGGGCUCGUUGAUCUCUACGCAAAGUGCGGUUGCGUCGAGGAUGCAAUGGGGGUGUUCGAGGCAUGCCCUGAGAGGAAUGUGUUCACGUGGAACGCGCUCAUUGUUGGACUGGCAAUGCAUGGCCAUGGCAUGGUGGCACUGAAGUACUUCCACCGGAUGCUGGCUCAUGGAAUUCAGCCAGACGGGGUCUCAUUCUUGGGGGUGCUGAUCGCUUGUGGCCACGCUGGCCUGGUGAACAUGGCAAGACACAUAUUUUCAGAAAUGGAGGACGUGCACGAUGUGCCCCGGGAACUGAAACACUAUGGGUGCAUGGCUGACCUGUUGGGUCGGGCUGGACUCAUCGAAGAAGCAAUGGACAUGGUCAGGAAGAUGACCAUGGAAGGAGACAGUUACAUGUGGGGAGGUAUACUUGCUGGAUGUAGAAUGCAUCGGAAUGUGGAGGCAGCGGAGGUUGCGGCCUGGCAUCUGUUGCAACUGAACCCUGAUGAUAGUGGGGUGUACUCUGCCAUGGCUUGGAUUUAUGCAGAUGGAGGUAGGUGGGAGGAUGUAGCAAGGAUCAGGAAGUUGAUGGACGAAAGGAUUGGCAGGAGAAAUGCUGGCUGCAGUUCAAUUACAACCCUAUGCUGAGUUGAUUGUGGUGGGAUAUAUAUCAGAAUUCACUAAUUCAGAAACACUUGGAGUAGAGAGUAAGUAGUUUGGAAAGAGGAUCGGCACCAAUUGCAAUGAUAAGAGAUAAGACUCACGAAGACUCGAGGUGCAGGCAUAGCUACUGUAUUUCACGAGGCCUUAUAUUUGUGCUGCCAAAUGUGAAUUUAGUGGAGUCAUCUUGCAGUUUCACGCACAAUGUGUGGCUUCUCCUUCAUGAAUUGCACAUCCAUGAACUUUGUAGCUAACUAGCUACUGCAUUUUGCCAUAAAAUCAAAGCUCAUUCUGACGCCAACAAAGGAGGUUCAUGAAUGAAGUGAAGAGGGAUAGGUGGAAAAUUUCCUGGCGCAGUGGAACUAAAUUUCUCUCGCAGCUAGCGGAUCCUUCGUGAUAUAUUUCUCAGGAAUUCAAUCUGAAUGCUGAGUGGUGCUCAGAUCCUGUGCAGCAUUUUGGGUCACAAGAAACGGUCAGGAUUACUUGCUCUGCCGCUGAUUUUGCCCCAUGAUUAACGCAUGCCAGUUGGUGUUGUGGUGGUGAAUUAACUUCGAUGUACAAGGCUAAUUACUCUCUGGCAAUCUCGUUAAAGACUGGUAUGUAAGUUCUUAUUGAAGACAAGUAGCAUGCUGUUUGUCUAUGAUGUGUAAUUAAAGUAGCUUGCUGUUUGUCUAUGAUGUGUAAUCGAUAUUGUGAAUAAUUGACUAAUUUCAAGAGGGAAUGAAAAGUUGCAGUCCCUCAGAGUAAAAACGUUGAUUUAUAUC